CUGGUCACUCAAGCAGCCAUGGCAGCAGUAAUGGCCGCCGCAGGUAGUCUAGCGCGUCUGUCGGUACGGCCAAUCGACACUGCCUCUUUCAAGAGCGCAUCCCGCUCUGAUAGCAUAAGCCUUGCUGCCUCGUUCCGCCUACCGAUUCGCUGCCUAAAAGGUAGCUGCCAAGAACCAAUUGCGCGUUCGCAACUCGAAAGCCGAUCUUCAAAAGCAUCUGCUGCUUCAAAGCCGUCGACUUUCCUAGCAGCAGAAGCCUCGCAACGCGCCGUCCUUCCGCAGGUCGCGGCAGCAGAAGCCGAAUCCUCCAACUUCUUCCUCUCUGUACUAGCACUCUCCCUCGGCACGUCCGUUUUAAUCACAUUCGCUGGCGCUGGUCCCGCGGAAGCCGCCGAUGCAGCCGCCGCGACCGUCGCCACCGCCGGCGGAAGCGGAGCCGAUUUACACUCUUCGCUCCUCUCAGCCGCGUCUCUUGACCUGCAUUCUUCAUUAGGGUCAUCGGCGACCCUCGGUUUUAUCCCCACUGGUCCGCUUAUGAGCGAGUUCUGGGACAAUGUCGGCCGAUUCGUGAUUUAUUUUUUCACGGUUUUUACGGGCGGGCUUUACACACUGGUUAAGCCGAUUGUGGAUCUUUUAAAGAAGCCGACCACCGCGAUUCUGGUGGUGCUGGUGCUGGGAGGAGGGUUUUACGUGACCUAUCUGACUUUGUCUGCGAUGCUGGGACUGGACAGCUCAGAUGUUCCGCUUGACGGCUACUGAAGGGUCUCUGUUGAGAAGGCAUGGAGGGGUAGAAUGAAAGGGAGAAGGCUGUCGUGAUGGUUGGCUGUCGUGAUGGUUGAUGGUUUUAGAAUUCUGGUGUGUUGUGUAUCCAAGAGUAUAGAUUGCCUCUGCAACGCCCUUGUGGCCCAGAUUUUUGUUGGUCAUUUCAACUUCACUGUUUUCUUCAGCGUUGUUUUUGGUCCUGUCCUGAGCCAGUAUGUUUUCGCUUGUGGGUGAAUGAGAGGUGGGUGGUAGUAGCCUGUCAAACAU